UUGGAUACGUGGGGUGCGUUCAAUUCCUGUUUACGUAUGGAAAGGAAAGGUUCUUUUCGCUCCUCUCCUUGGCUCGGAAGUGAUGGUCAGGAAGUUGUUCAACUUUCUCCAGUCUCGACUCGUCUUCAAUUUCGUGUCAUCAAAAUAUUCCGGGGAAGCAGCGUUUUCGGGACAAAAUAGUCGAGUUUCAGUUAUAUUCUCGGCACCUUGUAGUGGAUUUAGUAGUUCGUGGGGUUCGAAGAAGAAAUAUCGUGACGUUAACCUUAAAUAUCAGACUCACAUCAUGCUCACGCCAGAGAUGGAAGCAAUUUUGGAGCCAUUGAGACGAAAUGUUCAGGAACAGGGUAAUUUGGUGCGUAAACUCAAAGCAGAUGGAGCACCCGAAUUGGAUGUUAAACGAGCUGUUGCUGAGCUCAAAGUGCGCAAGAAGGUUCUAGAGGACAAAGAGCUCGAAUUGACACCUACGUCUGCAGUAUUCGAUCGUUCCAAGAUGGAAGAUUUGAUCAAGCGGCGAUUCUUCUAUGAUCAAAGUUUUGCGAUCUACGGUGGAAUUACAGGACAAUUUGACUUUGGUCCAAUGGGCUGUGCUCUGAAAACCAAUAUGUUGAACUUGUGGCGACAAUUUUUCGUAAUGGAGGAACAAAUGCUUGAAGUAGAUUGCUCUAUUCUUACCCCAGAGCCGGUUUUGAAAGCUUCCGGUCACGUUGAUCGAUUCGCAGAUUUCAUGGUGAAAGACACAAAAACCGGAGAAUGCUUCCGAUUAGAUCAUUUGAUUAAAAAUCAUUUGGAGAAACUUGGGUCCGACGGCGCAGCCACACCUGAAUUGAAAAAAGAAUGCCAAGAUACCAUCACCAGACUUGAUGGUAUGACAAAAGACGAAAUGGGUGCGAUCCUCCGGAAAUAUGAUAUGACAGCGCCACUUUCAGGAAACGAUUUAAGUGAUCCAAUGGAGUUCAAUUUGAUGUUCGGAACACAAAUUGGUCCAACUGGUCUGAUUAAAGGAUUCUUACGUCCUGAAACAGCUCAAGGCAUAUUCGUCAAUUUCAAGAGGCUAUUGGAGUUUAAUCAUGGAAAACUCCCAUUCGCAGCAGCACAAAUAGGCAAUGCAUUCCGUAAUGAAAUAUCACCACGAACUGGUUUAAUUCGUGUUCGUGAAUUCACCAUGGCCGAAAUUGAGCAUUUCUGUGAUCCAAACGAGAAGAGCCAUAAAAAGUUCAGUACCGUGAAAGAUAUUAAAAUCCUUUUGUACUCUGCAUGUGAUCAGAUGGAUGGAAAGAGUCCAAAAGAAGUCCAGUUGGGUGAGGCGGUUGCAACUGGUUUAGUCGCAAACGAAACUUUGGGAUAUUUCAUUGGAAGAAUAUACUCGUACUUAACUUGGAUUGGUAUUGAUCCGAAACGAUUACGGUUCAGACAACAUAUGAACAAUGAAAUGGCUCAUUAUGCAACUGAUUGUUGGGAUGCUGAGAUUCUGACCAGUUAUGGUUGGAUUGAAUGUGUUGGAUGUGCCGAUCGUUCAGCAUAUGAUCUUACGCAACAUUCUGAAGCGACUGGACUCAAACUUGUAGCUGAAAAGCGUCUACCAAGUCCAAAGACAGUUAACACGGUCGAGGCGGUGCCUAACAAACCAAUUUUAGGAAAAGCAUUUAAAAAAGAAGCAAAAAUUAUCACAGACAAACUUUCUGCCUUAAGUCUGGAUGAAGUGAGCAAAUUGGCCGAUUCGUUGGAUAAGGAAGGCGAGUUCACUGUCAACGCGCAGGGUAUUGACUUCAAACUUACAAAGGAAAUGGUCUCGGUAAAAUCCGGCUCGAAGGUAGUACAUGUUGAGGAAAUAACUCCAUGUGUUAUAGAGCCUUCAUUUGGAAUCGGAAGAAUUAUGUAUUCGCUUCUGGAGCAUGUGUUCAAUGUGCGAGAGGCUGACGAGCAAAGAUGUUACUUCUCAUUCCCAGCUAGCAUAGCCCCGAUUAAAUGUUCUGUUCUGCCUUUAAGCAAUAAACCAGAUUUCGUUCCAUUUUUAUCGAAAAUAGGUUCAAGUUUAACCCAAAUGGGCAUUUCCUACAAAGUGGAUGACUCAAGUGGAUCAAUUGGUCGACGUUAUGCACGUACUGAUGAAAUCGGUGUUCCAUUUGGCAUCACAGUUGAUUUCGAUACUUUGAAAACGCCACACACAGUAACACUGCGCGAAAGGGACUCCAUGAAACAAGUUCGAAUGCCGAUUGAAGAUGUGGCUGGCGUUAUCAACGAUCUUUCAAUUCGACGUGUGACAUGGGACGAUGUCCUUUCAAAAUAUCCAAUUUUCGAACAGCAGGAGCAGUAGGAGAAAAUGCCUGGAUCAUGUAGAACUUGCCGAGUGAAGUUUUAGCUUUAUUUCGUUUAAGGCAAAGAAAACGGAAGAAAUUGUGUUAUAAUCUAAUUUAUUAAAAGCUUUUGAUACGGCA